AUGACAUCUAAUCAGUUUGCCACCAAACAUGAGGCUCCACUUAACUUACCCAGAGAAGAUGUGUUUCUAAAUGGACAUGAUAAAUCACUUAUAUGGACUAGUGCUCCACAUUAUGUACCAGUUUACCCAAACUGGCAAGAACUCAGGGCUGUUAGGUAUAAUCCUCGUCUGACACGCAAAAACAAUGAUGAAUAUGAAGUAGAAGAAAACUGGACAGAUUAUCAUCGUCAGAAACACACACCUAGUGGCUAUUACAGUAACAGCAUUGGUAUUCAGCCCUGUGGAGUGCCGGCUUUACGACUGGAUGGAUACACACGUCAUAUACAUGGCAUGCCACCUCGUGAUAUUUUCCAAUAUCGAUGGCCAAAAGCUGAUGGCUGGAUGGAGCCAGCUCGAGCUCCACGAGGAGAAUAUUAUGGCUACUAUCAUGAGGCCAUUGAAUCUGAAAGGUUCAUGAGAGACCGUCUACGAUCUUUGCAUGCUCGGAUUACUCCUUUUGAUGUACCCCGUGUAACAUCUCUUAAUUGCAAACAAGUUCUGCGUGAUGUUGAUUGUGACCUGGGAGGUGGCCUGACAUAA